GGUGAAGACGUGCAGAAGACAACUUUAAAACAACCAUGCCAUUCAACUUGAGGGGCUUAGUGCCCGGCUGCACUGCCAAAAAGAACGAGAAUGGCGAGGCCGGUCAGAAGCCCGGACGCUCGGCCAGCACAUGUGGGGGCGACCCUUACGGCGACGGGUCCGAGGUUAGGGUCCGGUUAUCGUCCGAAGCAUCCGGCCAGCACAACAGCCGGAGGUGUAGCCGGCACUCCACGCUAGAUCACGACGAUGGGUACGGAUGUGCCGGAACAAUCGUUGUCACGUUACUGAUCCUGAGUCCCCCAUUAGUCCUGGUCGGUGUCAUUCUCCUGACGACCGGCGCCAUUAUCAGCAGUGCUCAUUUAUUCGGUUCCGGGAUGGCCGUCAUCGUGGCCGGAGUAGUCCUUGGUGCACUGUCCGCCUUUGCAUUUGUGCGUUUGCGAUCCAAGACCACGGUGAGCUAUGCGUCGUCAGCGGGUCGGACGGCCUCGCUGCGAGGGAACUCUCUCGGUGGUGAACACCGGCAGCUGACCCCGCGGUCGGCAUCCAUUAUAGAAGCGACUGAUCACCGGACAGUUGAAAUAACAUUCUGCACUUCGGACCAUGAGACAACGCGAGAUUUAUGAGGGAGACGAGUAUUAGAAAAACAACCUUGGUCCCAUUAUUAACCAAUCCACAACUACCUAUUUUGUAGACGGAUGUUUGGAUAAACUCCUAGGAAGGAGGAAGCAUGGGCUCGGCAUCUGCAUCUACUGUUUGGAGAGACACACCUUGUGUAUUUGCAAUGUCGUCUUCACCUCCGAUACACAUGGUGUUUUUAUUGCAAUUUCGAGCAGAUUUCGAAAUGGAAUGUAUUGAUUUUAGGAGGUUUAUUUUGAAGCAAUAUUGCUGCUACAGUGACUGCUCGGUUCGGGGUCUUUCAGACCUUUUAUUGGAGUAUGAUUUGGGAAAGCAUUGAACCCGUACGACAGGCUGCAGAUUCCCGGGAGUAUAGACAAACGGAAUGUAUUGUUAGAACAGCAGUGAAAACGCUUUUAAAAGUUCGUGAACACCGGAUAGCCUGAACAUCUGACGUCACACUUCGAGGCUCGUAUAAGGACAGAGGGG